UUUUGAACUUUGGGGGAAGAUCUGCUCUGUCCGGGUUCAUGCAUGUUCCCCAUACUCCUUUAUAACCAACGACCGCCCCCACCCCCCUUCCCCCUAUCUCUUUCUCCGCUACUUUUUAUCGCUGUCUUCUUCUCCUGCAAGCUACCUUCCUUACCUUCUCCCUUCCCUCAGAUCGGAUGCUGGUAUUUAAAUCAUUUAUCCUCGUCCAAGAAUCACGCAGGAGCCGUAAUCUGCCCUCAAAAUCUUCUUCUUGAUCCAAAAAAAAAAGGUCAGCUCUUGUCCAAUCUCCUUAACUUCGGUUAAGAUUUGAACAUGAGUUGAUUGAAUGUCACAUGGGGUUUUAGCUUUAUAUGGCUAUGUUUCGACCAUCUGGUGAAGGACGCAUGUCUCCGAAAACAGUUCCGAUGGAGCUUGAAGCUGCUGUUGAUAGUGAAGAUGCUAGUUCUAAUCAAAGAUUGCAUGAUCUGUGGCCGCUGGGUGAAGUGGAUCCAAAGAGGGCAAGGUUUCCUUGCUGCAUCGUCUGGACUCCUCUUCCAAUAGUUUCAUGGUUGGCUCCAUAUAUUGGUCAUGUUGGAAUUUGCCGGGAGGAUGGGGCGGUGCUGGAUUUUGCUGGUUCAAACUUUGUUAGCAUAGAUAAUUUUGCAUAUGGAGCAGUUGCCAGAUACCUUCAACUAGACAGAAAACAGUGCUGCUUUCCUCCCAAUCUAGCGGGGCAUACAUGUGAGCAGAAUUACAGGCAUGUAGAACGUGGGACAGCAAUCUCAUGGGAUGAUGCAUUGCACUCGAGCAUGCAGUAUUUCCAGCACAAGUACUACAACCUCUUCACCUGCAACUGCCACUCGUUUGUGGCCAACUGCCUGAACAGGCUUGCUUAUAAUGGGCGUCUGAGGUGGAACGUCGUAAACUUGGCUGCUCUAAUCCUGUGGAGAGGGAAAUGGGUGGAUGGCAUGUCAGUUUUCCGUUCCUUCUUCCCCUUUGUUUCGGUAUUAUGCAUUGGGAUAUUGAUGGCUGGUUGGCCAUUUCUCAUUGGAAUGGCUGUUUUCUCAUCUCUAUUAGUUGGCUGGUUUCUUUUUGGAAUAUACUGUACGAGGAGUUUGAUAGAGUGAUUCCCUGGCAUUUUUAGCGUGGGAAGAGUGACAUGGAUUAUGAACAAUUGUUCCGAACAUUUUCGUUACACUUGUUUUCUAUAUAUCUUAAAACAGUUGCCAACCAGCACAUAUUAUCCUAGCAUUGCAGUGCUUAAGACUUUUGAGA